AUGGCGCCCGCCGCCGCGGGGCGGGCGGCAGCGACGGGGGCGCCUCUUCUGGAGGCACGGCCCACGGCGCCCGCGAUGGUGUCGUCGGCGCUCGCGCAGGCGCGGGCCUGGAUCGCCUCCUCGCUGCCGCUGUGGCUGGGCGCCGCUGGGUUUCUCUGCGGGGCGCUGCUGCUGCUGCGGGCGCGCGGCGGCCGGCUCCGGGACGGCGGCCCCGGCGCCGGGAGGGGCCCCGUCGGUGGCAGGCAGGCGAGGCAGCCAGGCGCGCACGAGGGCGGCACACCUCGUCCCCACAAGGGGCCCGGCGAGAGAGGCCCCAGGCUGCCGGUGGUGGCGUAUUGGGACGCCCAGGGCGGCCAGGUGGACCGCGCGCCUGAGGACGGGCCGCUGCCGAACGUGAUCCUGACGUGCCCGCUGUCGCACCUGGAGCGCCUGUUCAACCUCGUGGUCGCAGAGCACGGCGCCCAGGGCGACGUGCUGCAGUGCUGGAGGUUUGCGCCGCCCUCGGCGACGACGUCCAAGGUCCGCCUCAUGGGCCUGCGAUGCGCGGACCCCGACAGCGUGGUCGACAGGCUGGCCCAGGACGGCAGGCUGUCGUGGGUGCUGCAGAAGCUCUACCGGGUCGGCGACAGGGAGCGGCCCCAGCCCAGCCUGGAGGCCGCUGCCGCCCGCCUGGCAGUGCAGCUCGACGAGGCCCGCGCCAGCGUCCGCGGCGCCGCCGCAAGUGAAGUCUCGCCGCUCAGAGUGCGGCUCUCGUGCUUCCCCGCGUCCAGCACCGAUCCGCUCCUCGGCGCCCUGGAGACGGCGGUGCCGCAGCCGCCCGGCGGGGGGGGGAUCGAGCUCGUGCCCACGCGGCAGGAGGUGGUCGCUGCCGCCGUCCAGGUGUGCAAGGGCGUCUGGCUGACCGGCGUCUCGGCCUCCGGUGCCCUCGCGGAGCACAUGGCGAGCCGCCGCGGGACGGGCGAUGCCGUCUCCCGGGCCUACUUCAAGUUGGCGGAGGCGUUGCAGGCGGCCGGGCCGGCGGCGGCGGCCUGCCUGGCUGGAGGCGCCGCGCUGGACGCCGGCGCCGCGCCCGGGAGCUGGACCCAGCUCAUGCUGGAGAAGGGCUGCCAGCGCGUGUACGCGGUGGACCCUUGCCAGUUGCGGCCAGAGGUCGCAGUCGCUGAGGGUGUCGAGCACAUGCAGACGACGCUGCGAGACGCCGUCGGCGUGCUCGCCGAGCGCCAGAAGAGCGGGCAGGCGCCCCUGCUCGACGUCUGCGUCUCGGACAUGAAGUUGCCCGCCCUGUCCUCGGUAGUCAGGGUGGUCGCGGAGGCGGGCGUGUUCCAGCUGCUGCGCCCCGGGGCCCUGGUCGUGCUUACCGUGAAGGGCGAGGCCGUGAAGGGGAACUCGCAGAAGCGGCUGUGCACAGAUGCCGCCUUUCCCGCCGCCAAGGAGCUGCAGGCGCACUGCGACGGCGUGCAGGUGCUGCACCUGAUGGCCAAUCGUGAGCUCGAGCGGACGAUCAUAGGUUUCUGUAAGAAGCGGAAAUGA